UGGUCUCUAGUCAGAAAUGUAAUAUUAAUUAAUAUAGUUGUGUGAUUUUAACAUUAUUUGAAAAUAUUUUAAUUGAAAUACAGAUUUAUUCUCAGAGACUUAAAUGGAUGUUGUAAAUUAUUAACUUUUUCUUAAAGAAAGCGUUGUGUACCUAAUGACAAACCUCAAGCAUUUUAGAAUUGUCAAAAUCUUUAUAAAGCACACCACUGAAGAUGAGGUUGAAAGAAUUGGCCUUUAUUAUUAUAGUAAUAAUCUCAGGAGAACUCUAUGCAGAAGAGAAACCCUGCGAUUUUCCAACUGUGCAAAAUGGAAGGAUUGCCCAAUAUUACUAUACUUUUAAAAGUUUUUACUUUCCAAUGAGAAUAGAUGCAAAGUUGCCAUUCUUUUGCUUGGCUGGUUAUACAACUGAAAAUGGAAAACAAGAAGGGCGAGCCAAAUGUACAGCAGAAGGCUGGUCUCCAGAACCCAGGUGCUUCAAAAAAUGUACUAAGCCUUACCUGACAAAUGGUUACAUUGCUGAUGAAAAGUUAUUGUACAAAUUUCAAGAGAAUAUGAGUUACAGUUGUGCCUCAGGAUACAAAACCACUGGAGGAAAGGAUGAAGAAAUGAUUCAGUGCCUUUCUGAUGGAUGGUCUUCUCAACCAUCCUGUACAAAGGAACACGAAAUAUGCUUAGCUCCUGAAUUACAUAAUGGAAAUUAUUCCACAACACAGAAAACAUUCAAAGUGAAGGACACCUUGCAAUACGAGUGUGCUGCCGGCUACUCCACAGCUGGAGGAAAGCAAUCAGAGGAGGUUGAAUGUCGUGCGUCCGGUUGGUCUCUAACACCAAAAUGUACCAGAUUAAAGUGCUCUUCUUUAAGAUUAAUAGAAAAUGGAUAUUUUCAUCCUGUAAAGCAAACCUAUGAGGAAGGAGAUGUAGUUCAGUUCUUCUGUCAUCAAAAUUAUCAUCUGAGUGGGUCUGACUUAAUUCAGUGCUAUAACUUUGGCUGGUACCCAGAAUCUCCUGUAUGUGAAGGAAGAAGAAAUAGAUGCCCUCCUCCACCUCUGCCUCUCAAUUCCAAAAUUCAAACAUAUUCAACAAGUUACCGCCAUGGUGAAAUAGUUCACAUAAAAUGUGAACUUAAUUUUGUGAUCCAGGGCUCAGAAGAAAUACGUUGUGAAAAUGGAAAAUGGACAGAACCUCCCAAAUGCAUUGAAGAGAAGGAGAAGGUUGCUUGUGAGGAGCCACCCUUCAUUGAGAAUGGUACAGCAAAUGUGCACUCUACAGUUUAUUACAAUGGGGAUAAAGUGACAUACAGAUGUGACAGGGGCUUCCGCCUGCGUGGAUCAAAUGAGAUAACUUGUAAUCGGGGAAAAUGGACACCUCCCCCUGAGUGUGUUGAAAAUAAUGAGAAUUGUAAGCCCCCACCUGAAGUAACAAAUGCGGCUAUUAUUGAUGGGUUAUUGUCAAGUUAUACAACAGGAUCCUCGGUGGAAUAUAAAUGCAAUGAAUAUUAUUUAUUGAAAGGAUCAAAAACAUCUCAGUGUGAACAAGGAAAAUGGUCUUCCCCACCUGUUUGCUUGGAGCCAUGCACCAUUGCUGUGGAUUCUAUGGACAGAAAUAACAUAGAGAUGAAAUGGAAAUAUGAAGGAAAGGUCUUACAUGGAGAUUUAAUUGAUUUUGUCUGUAAACAAGGAUAUGACUUGUCUCCGUCGAGCCCACCGUCAGCGUUAUCUGUGCAAUGCAAUAGAGGAGAAGUGAAGUAUCCGUUAUGUGUUAGAAAAGAAUAUAAAGGAUUAUGUAUACUUCCUCCAGUUAUAAAAAAUGGAGUCAUGGUUAGUUCAAAAGUAGACACCUAUGAGAAUGGCUCCUCUGUUGAAUACAGAUGCUUUGAUCACUAUUUUCUACAAGGAUCUAAGGAGGCCUAUUGCAUAGAGGGAGCAUGGACUACACCACCAUCGUGUUUAGAGCCUUGUACAUUGUCUUCUGAUGAAAUGCAAAAGAAUAACUUACUCUUGAAAUGGCAUUUUGACAAUAGACCAUAUAUUCUCCAUGGCGAGUAUGUUGAGUUUCUCUGUAGUAGAGAUACUUACACAGUGAACUCAUCUACUUUUGGAUCGGAGCUUAGAGUACAGUGUGACAGAGGACAGUUGAAGUACCCAACAUGUAUCUCAAGGGAAAGGAUUCCAUAUUUUCAAGAACCUUUAAGGACAUAAAAUGAGUAUCAGAAGAAAGAACAGUAUCUCAACACAUCAUAAAAUCCCUAUGAAACAUAAUUUUUAGAAGAAAUAUGUUGUUAAAACCUCUAGGUAUUUACUUCCUUAAAGAUUUGAAUCUGAACUGCUUCUAUUGGACAUUCUCUUUAUUUAUAACUAAAAGCCCAAAAUACCAUUUCCUUUCCAGCUUGGAUGAUUGAAAAGUUAAUCUAACUGUCACUAUAUAGCCUUCAUCUGUGAAAAACUGAUCACAUUAAUUUAUUUCUGUUUCAUAAUGUUUCUAAGAUUGUCUUGAAUAUAUGUGAAAAACAUUUGUCAUUAUCUUCUUUAUUAAUAUUAUGAUUCUGCUAUUUUAAUACAAUAAUUAUGUCAAUUACUAUGUCAACAAACAUAGCAAUUCAAUACAAGAGAUUUACUCUUAGGACUUUCUAAAUUUAGCAAACCUAAAAAAUGAAUGAAAAUAUUUGCCACAAGAUUAAUAAUAAAUUUUGGAGGUUUUUGUCUUUUUCUUUUUUAUUGGUACCGGGGAUCGAACUCACGACUGCCUGCUUGCAAGGCAGGCACUUGUGCUGCUGAACGAAAUCCCCAGCCCCAAUUUUGGAGGUUUAAUGAAUUACCUCACAUUCAAAUAUUGUUAAAAGAACACUGUUAAAAAACGAAUGACUGUUGCUGUUUUUAUGUCUUAUAUUUUCCAAGUGAUUUCUUAGGUUAGAUCAUUGUUGGAAUCAUGCAUCUUACAAAAUAUUUUCUUUCAUUUCAUUUUACUUUUUAUGAGUUUCUGUCUGUAAUAAAUACUGUCUUAAUUC